AUGGCCUCCGAUUCCAAACAAUGUAAGUAUUUGACAGUUUAUAUACAUUAUAAUGGUUUAUUCGCACCAAAACCAUUAGUGUACUUGAACGCUGUUGUUGUUUCAAUCUGUGAUGUCGAUUUUGGUGCAAUGGAUCUCAAAGAGUUUAAGUUGUUCAUUGCAAAGUUGAUUGAAGGCAGUUGCGAUAAUGUAUAUUACUGCACUAGAAAUGAACCAUUGGCAGAGGACCACGAAAAUGAACCUGUACUUGAUUGGGCUGAUAUUGAAGUAGUAGAAGAUGAUGAAGGGCAUUAUUCUGAGGAAGACCCGGAUGAUGAUAAUGAUUCACAACUUUCUGAUGAUAUUCCAUAUGAGCAUGAAGCAGAUGAUUACAUUCCUUCUCUCGACAAUACUAUUGGUGAUGAAUUCUUACACUGGGUGUCAGGUAUGUGUAAGGAUAUAAAUGAUGAGGCUGAAACUGAUGAGGUUGAAACCAAGAAUGGGGAUGACAAACCAGUGUACCCUGUCCAUAAUGAGAACCAAAAAUGGGACAAAAUGGUGCCAAUUCUAGGUUCUGUGGAACCAGUUCAAGUAGAUCCAGUUCAAGUAGAUCCAGUUCAAGUGGAACCAGUUCAAGUAGAUCCAAUUCAAGUGGAUGCUCCUUUACAACCUGUUGAUGAUGUUCAAGUAGAUGAUCAUGCUCCACAUGUUGAUGUUCAAGUACCUGUUGCAACUGGGAAGAGGACACGAAAAUACUCAGAAAGAAUUACCAAGAUUGGGUUGAGGAGGAAGGUUUUGAAGAAAAAAGGAAGCACUGAUCACCACCCAAUGGUGUUGGAAUGA